GGCCAUUGCUUAACUAUUUAUGAGCCAAGCGGGCGUCAGUGCGAGAGUGCAAGACGCCUUAUAUAGUUCUGGCGCUCUGUAGUUCGGUCUGUGUCAACCUGGUCUCCUGACAUUGGGCCUGGACGCGGUCCCAGGGGAUGGUCGCCCGUUCUUUUUCUGAGUGUGCAUCAACUUGCUUCCUUUCUUCUGACCAGAAUCUAGAAGCGAUACACAGCUGUGCCGAGAAUCCCGAACAUCACCAACUUUUUCCGCGAUGGCUGAGACGUACUGGGACCCCGCCAACCUGCUCCAGAUCACCGCACUCGAUGACUCGCUCGAAGUUCAAUGCCUCGGCCGUGGCGCUCGGGGCCGUCCAAAUUCGCGGUGCCGAUUGACCUUGUCGGCCUCUGACGCAGCGCCCACCCUAUUCAAGAUCAAGAAAAUGGCCGCCAUGCCGCCCAGCAAGGUGACUCAGCAGGAUCUCGAGGCCCUCGCAAAACUCUGUCUCUGCAAGGAGCACCACGCACCGCAGUGGUAUCAAGUCGCCCAGCGCUGGAAGUAUGUUGUUGCGAAUGCCGUCAAGCAACACGACCGACUGGCCGCGCCGAAAGAAAACGGUUUCUCGGAACGAGUUCGCAUAGAGACGCUCCUCCUCGAGCGCCGAAAAUUCUGCGAAGCUCUUGGCCUCAAACAUGAUAUCGGGGACCUUUCUGUGAAGCUUUCGGCCCAUCUCACUAUCCUCGAUAAGGCAAAGACCAAGGCCGAGACUGCGCAGUCAGCUGCAGAAAAAAAAUUGCAGGAGGUGAAGGAAGAGCUUGACCAGGCGAAUGAGAAGCUGGCGCAGCUGAAGGAUGAUCUUGACCGUGCUAUCGCCGUGGGAUCCCAGCCGGCCGGCGGGUACCGUUUUGCUGUGCGCCAAGUCGACGAGAUACGCAAUGUCGAGGCUCCUCGCCUCGCUGAGAUGCUGAAGCUCGUCGAAGUGGCAAAGAAUGAGCGGAACGAACUCAAAAGCAGAAUCAAUGCUCUUGAGAGCGACCUCUCCAGCGUCGGCUGCUGUCUGGACGAGGAGAGGGCUAAGUCGAGGGCCAUGGAGGACUCAAAUAUCGAACUGGAGGAGCAAGUCGCCACUGUCACCCAAAGGCUCGCUGCUUCUGAAGCCCUGCUGGAGGAGGAGAGAGAAAAGACCAGGGAGCUAGAAGAAGCCAGAGGCGAUCUGGCGCGCCGCCUAUCCAAAGCAAAUACGGAAGUGAAAAGGGCGUGGAGCUUGGUGGAGGAAGAGAAGAGCAAGACCGCUGCGUCCAAGAGCGUCCAAGGCGAGUACCAUCGCCGCUUGAACGACGCGUACAUCGAACGAGAUCGGUUGUUGACUGAGGAGCGGGCCAAAGCGAGAGAGACCUUGCGACAAACAACGCUUCAUCUCGAGCAGCGCCUGCGCGAGGUCAACACCGAAGCACAGAAGAUGUUGCAUAAAGAGAGAACGCGGGCAAAGGUGCUCUCCGACAUCAGAACCGAGCUGAAGAACCGGCUGUCCGAGGUCAGGGCGGCGGCGGCCGCCGAAGCGCAAAAGGCCCAGCGCGAAAUCGAAACACUCGACAAGAAACACCAAGCCGCCGUCAACCAAGUCCACCGCCUCCAAAGCGACCUCAACAAAGCCAAAGCCCGCCAAUCCACCAUUGAACGCGAUCUCUCCGAAUCCCGAAACACCGCCAAAACCGUGCAGUCCCUCAACGACAAACUCACCGCCACCAACACCACCCUCAACCACCAGCUCACGGCCGUCCAGCAGCAGGUUACCGCCCUCAAAGCCAAACGCUGGCGCCCCCGUAUCCGCGCUUUGUUCCACUCCUUAGAGCCCACUCCACGCCCUUCCAACUCGUCACCGUCAUCGACACUCCCCACUAAGAAGUAGCUCAAGUACUUGUUGUGCCUACCCCAGUUGGGUAAGUCUCAAUCGACCUCUCCGACCAUACCCUCCACCCCACGUUCACGACCGCCUCCACCCUUCCGUCAACCCAGAACUCAUAAAGCUAAGCCCCGGUGAACCAGGAGGGGAGAGGUCCUGAAACAAGGCCUUGAACGCGAUCCUUUUCCCGCCUGAACUCAUCUCAUCUUCGGCCCUGGUCAGGUGCGGACGGUGG